ACCAUAACCUCAAAAUUCAUGCUUGCGGUGUAAACGACGGUGUAAACAAAAAAAGACUGUUAUUUACAAAAAACAGUCAGAGUUAAAAGAGACGUUUCUAUAACAAUUAUAUAUUUAAUAUAAACAUUUCUCUAGCACAAAAAAAUCGUCAAUUAUAAUUUUAACAAUUGAUAAUAUCAAUUUUUUUAGUAUAUUCUCAGAGUUGCCACAGUAACGGUAAUCAAAACACAGUGUAAACUUCGAUUUUUUGUUUAUCUUUAAAUGUAGCAUAAAUGUGUGAUGGAUUAUUUUAGUUUUAUCGGCUUGUUGUUGUUCAUUAUAACGCUAACUGUUUUUAGUUUCUAAUUAAAUUUUGAUUAGAAGAAAAAAGAAAAGUACAAAGAUUUAUAUAUAAAGGAAAAACAGUCAAAAAUGGAUGAAUCUAAUGAUAUUUUACCUCGACAAUCAGAAAUGAAGGGCCAAGCAUGGCAAAAAUUGUCUAAACAAGUGCCUGUUGUUGAAGAACCAAAAUUAGAUGCAAAUUUUGAAAUUCUCGAAGAUGAGGAUGGAGAUGCUGAAUCUCAACAAGCAACGUAUCAAAUUCGUCCAAAACUUUCUGAAAAGUUUAAAACGUUAAAUGCAAGAGAGAUAAUACACAACGUAUUGUACGAUCAACUAUCAACAAAAACAUUCAAUGAGGCGGAAGCGUAUCAAUGGAGCAAGGAAAUAGCGGAUAUUAUAAAAUAUAAAAUGAGGGAAUUUAAAUCCAAAGAGUACAAAUACAUUGUAAACGUUGUUAUGGGCGAACAACGUGGUGCAGGUGUAAAAAUGGGCGCGAGAUGUUUUUGGGAUGCUGAAGCUGAUAGUUACGCUUUUGAUAAGUUUGUGAAUGACUCGUUAUUUUGCGUUGCAACAGUUUACGCUGUACAUUAUUAUUAAGAAUGACAAGAAGCUCUCUUAGUUAACAAAAAGAAAAUUAAUCAGGACAUUUAUUUAACUGGAAGACAACAUUCUUUUUAUUUCACGAAAGGAACUACAAUAUUGUGCCGUUUUUUUUUAAAUUUAAAACGAUGAUUUUUUUUGUUUCUUCAGUUUUGGAAAUUUUUUCUUCACUGCGAAAAUUCGAAGUCACAAAAAACUUCUCUUUGUCGAUUUCUAUUUUAUAUGUGUAUGAUAAUUAUAUAACGAGACUUGAUUGAUAUUUUUGCGUUCGUCUUGUAAAACGCACUCGUUUUUUUUGUGUGUUUAAUGCUCGUUUUUUUUAUUAUUAAUUAUAUAUAUGAUUAUUAUUGAUACGUAUUUAUAAUAUUAUUAUAGCACCAUAAUUCACGGUCUCAGGUCUAUGAAACUAUUGAUGAUUAAGAAAUAAAAAAUUAGUCGAUUUCAAUAAGUUA